AAGCGUAUAUUCCUGUUUGUCGUGUGAACGGUACACUCCGUUCAGCGUCGGCUGUGGCAACACUCAUCGCCAACACGCUUCAACGCAACGUGCUCAGUGUGGACAUUUCAAAGGAGUGUAGCAGACGACAUAUUGUUCACUUUCCAACUUUUAAAGAUUUGAGCAUCAACUUACUGAAGAGAGCUGCUUGAACCCGUAAGGAGAAACCUUUUUAUACCUGACACAGUGUGAUAUAGACAGUGGUAACGAUGCACGUGGAAACGUCAGUAGCACUCAACUUCGUCAUUUCGUAUCUUUACAACAAACUCCCACGAAGGCGGGUCGACAUGUUUGCCGAGGAACUCGAGAAGGGGCUCAAAAAGAAGUUUGAGGGACACUGGUACCCGGAUAAGCCCUUCAAGGGAUCAGCCUACCGAUGCAUCCGUGUAAAUGGAGAAAAGGUUGACCCUGUCAUCGUCAUGGCUGCUUUCAACUCUGGUCUGGACAUCGAAGAGGUCAAGGGGUACCUUCCAGCGGAGCUGACCCUUUGGAUUGACCCAUCCGAGGUAUCCUACAGGAUCGGGGAGAAGGGGGUCAUCAAGAUUCUCUACAGUGACAAGAAAGAGGAGGAAUCUGAGACUAUCGUGGAUAGGGAGGUACAGGCUGCAAGCAAGGGGUUCAACCCCGAGGCACAAUGUUUCAAACCCAUAGACUCUCUCUCGUCAUCUCUCACUAAUCUCAGCCUUUCGCCCUCCUCUCCCAACUCUUCAGGCGGCUGGAGCACAUCUACGUCUCCUUCCACAGCUCUCUUCAACUCAGCCAGCCCUGUCCCGACGCCCACACCGACGCCAAAUUUCCUCCAGAAGGAGGGAGGCAGCAAGCCCCGUUUCACAGCUGCCACAUUCGCACAAACCAAGUUUGGUUCCACUAAGCUGAAGACGCACGUGAAAAGGCCAACAAGGUUGUCACCAACAGAGUUUGGGAACUUCUUCAGACAGAGAUCUACGACCCCGAGCUUCACUCCACCGGCCCCACAACGUCCCCGAUCCUUGUCCCCCAGGGACCCCCGGGUUGAGUUCCUCCUUGACCAGCAGCAGCGCUUGAUCCAGGCCAGCCAGUUCACCCAACAGUCUCCAGGGGCCUUCCUGGGAGACCUCUACCGUCACAACUCCCCAAGCCAUCUCUCCCCGGGGGCCCUCAGUCCUGGCUUUCCUGACCUUCUCUCUACUAAUGCUUCUCUGAAUUCCAUCUCUCCCGAGGGCCACAAGACAUUCAUGGACGGCCUGGGUCUGGGUUCUUCUCUGGCCUACCCAAACCAGCUGCAGCACCUGCUGGUGGCUAACUAAUCCCGUUUCCUCUCACUUGCAGACUGUGUUCGACUCUGAUCGUGCUGGUAUCAACCAGGGAAAUUGUCUUUCUAUUUAUUGUGGCUGUGAGGCUAGCGAGGCAGAGAAAGGACUCUUUUUGGAAAAACUGACGACACACAGGCUGUGAAUAUCCAAUGACUAUCGUGAGUUUGAUCAAUUCAUUGCUGGAGACGGUACAAUGUUUGUGCUACAUUUGUACUGUGAGUAUGAACCUAGUCAUUGUCAAUAUUUCCAUACACAAUGUUAUGUAAAUUUGGUUCCACAUGAAUUUGUACAGCGAUGUUGAGAGAGUAUAUAUUCGUAUUUUCUCUAUAACUGGUUCAAAUCGGGUACAAAGGCCGUAUAUCUUUUGUAUGUCAUAUGAAGAUUCAAAAUGGACGCUUACUUUUUGUAUUCAUAUAUAUAUUAUAUAAUUUCAUAAAUUAGCUGUCUAUAUAUAUGAGCAUAUGGUUAUAGUUUUUCAGAGAGUUUAUUUGUACUGGAUAUCAAUGGUAACAAACUACUCCCCCGUGGCAAAUAAGUUGAUUUUUUCUACCGAAUGUGCAAUAACACAUCUAUUGAGAAACUGAACUCCAUGCUUAAGGCAUAGUGGAUCAAGUUCACACUUGUAAUGUUUAUACUGUUACAUAUUUUUAAGUUUGUAAUAAAAAAGAUUGAUUUUUAUUAUAAA